GAACAAAGCAAGCUUGGCUUUGGGCGCAGCUAGCUGCCGCAUUAAUCGAAUUUUGAGGCAUUCGCGGCCUGGCCUGCCACACAGAUUGUGGCUCGGGUCUUGGGCGCCCGGGUUCACGACUCGACGCUCCAUCGGACUGGGCAGCCCGGGCAGCCUUAAAAUGGAGCGCACCUCUCUCGUGGACGCCGACUACCACCGGGCCUUUCUACUGGGAAGAAGCGCCGUCGCGGCGGACGCAUUGAUCGUAUGUGUGAUGGUGGGUGUCGUGGCGCUCAACAGCCCAUGGGACGACGGCUCCGUGUACGUCGAGCUCGCCGCGUGCGCGCUGGGCCUGCUGGGUCUGGCGGCGCAACGGUCUGGCGCCGGCCUCUACAUCAAAGGGGCUGCGCCGCAUUUGGCCUUCACGCUAGUGCUGGGCGCCGUCGUGGCGGCGGACGCGGCGGCGCGGAUAUGCAUGGGCGGCGACCCUCAAAGAGUGAUCUCGAACUGGGCCGUCAUGCUCGCGUCGGGCAGCUCGUGCAACCUGCUUGCGAUGGGGCCCAUGGCCCACGCGACGGACGCGCGGCGCUGGACCCUCGUCUGGCUCGCGUACCAGGUGCUGGAGUGCUACGUCUCGCUCUUCGGAGCUUGCACAAGCUGGCGCCUCGUUUUAUCAGUUCUUGUAAUGAGGCGCCUCGCCUUCGUCGCGGCCACGGCCCUCGUGGCGGUUCAUAGCUACGGAUCGCUGAAAAGGACCCAGGCGCUCUUCCGGGCCUUCGACGCGCCGUUCAUCCUCGCGCCGAUCGGGGCGCUCGGCGCCUAUGCGGAUGGCACGUACGAACUCUACGACGACCUUCCGCAGGAGGAACUCGCGUGCGUCGGAGGCGCGUUUCUCCUCAAGUUCCAGCUCCACGGCGGCUACGCGCCCUGCCCGCCGGACCCGAAUCCCAUCGUGUUUUUGGAGCAGAUGCUGAGCUUCGGUUCGCCCACGGCCGUCGUUGGCGCACGCGCGGCCGCGGGCCAUGCCGUGUAUGUCGCGGGCAUGCUGCGCGCCGUCGGCGCGGCGCGCGGCGUCGACGUCGACCGCUACGCGUCACAACGCGAGCGAGCGAGGAGGGUGAUGGGCGAGUGGCUCUGCGGGAGCCGCGAGGCCGCGACGGAGCUCUCUGCUUCGCGUGAUGUUUCUGUUGUGUAAU